AUGGCCUCGGUCGUCCCUCUAAGGCUUCUCAGCUACAACAAUGGCCACUUCGAGGUUAAAGAUACGCGCCACAUCGGCUACGGGGUGGAUUACAGUAUCAUCACCUAUACAUGGGGGGCUCCAACAACACCAUACGAUUGUAAAAUAGACGGUGUCACUUGGGAAUUAACAAUAUCACCACAAAAGCUAGACGAUAUUAAGCGCCUGAUGAUCGAGGAUAACAUACAGCUACUGUGGGUUGACUGCGUUUGCAUCAACCAGACUGAUAGCCGAGAGAAGCUUAUUGAGCUUCCUAAGAUGUACGAUUACUACAAGUGCGCUUACAAGUGCUAUGUUCUGAUGGACAUGAUCGAAGUUUGGGAUCCACAGACCAUCGUCGACAACUUGCAAUUUGUCAACCAUGUAUUGACUCAUAUGGGUGGAGCAGCACUUGCCUCGGAAGCUAUGUUGCCUCCUAGCUUAGUACAACGUUUGGACAUGUGGGCAAAAGCUGAUUGGAAUUUUGGAAUGUCAAGCUCGACUGUAAGAGCCGCGGCAAUCGACUUGGGUGUGAUAAAUUGCUACUCGACUUGCAUCAAUCGAAUCAGAUCAUUAUUCAGCAAUGACUAUUUUUCUAGAGUAUGGACGUUUCAAGAAAUACUUCUUGGAAAGAAUAUCACGAUGUACGGGAUAAAUGGCAAAAAUAUUUCUUGUAUCGGAGAACUCGGUACCUGGAUGGACUUGGCGACAGACGCCAGGGACAAAGCGGUCAAAUUACUAGCGUGGAUUGUUGCUUCCAGAGUUCAUAGGACUGCAUCAAUCAACGCAGUACUAGGAGAGAUUGAGGAUGACUACAUCAUUCUCGACGCAUUGCAAAAGCAGGUCACAGGAAUCAGCAGCGCGAGGAUGGAUAUCAUCAAUGGCGGCCCUUACUGGUGGUACGAAAACCACAAGGGUAUAAGUAACAUCUUCUCAGCUAUUUCCUUGAGACCGCGAAAGUGCAAGGAAAGGAAAGACCUAUUUAUUGGACUUCUAGGCAUCUUCAACGGUUUAUUCACCCAAGCAGAGAUAGAUUCAGAGAUGAAUAGUGAUAACAUUGAGAAAAGCUCUUUUGCCUUUUUCAAGCAACUUUCCACCAAAACGGGCCAUGCGUGGACCACACUUGCAAUCAGUAGCAAGGAGCGAGGGGAGUGUGACUGGAUACCCUCUGUUUCGAAUUCCAGUCAAACCAUGACUACCGACUGUUUUGCGGGGGUGGUCAAUCUGGGACGCCUCAAGCCAAAGGGAAUUGCAAAGUCAUUGGCAUGCACUGGCAUUCUUGGGAAUCCGCAAAAGUAUAUGAGGAUAUCUAUCAACCAGGGGGGGCCAGGAUUCUAUUUUACCUAUCGAGGAUGCAACGCAGGAAAGAAGAUGAAAACAGGUCUUUUCAAAAGCGAAGCGAUACCUACCCAGGACCAUCCAAUAAAUGUAGCGGGCGAUGAGACAGGAAGAAUCCUAGUACAAUGCGCAACCAUCCUAGGCAGUAUAAUGGACCCUCACAACAACAUAAUCGACUACCGACGCCGAUUUCUCUCAAACCUCCAACCCCACUGGCGUGUCACCGACCCCAACGCCAAACCCUCCGGCUGGAAAGACCGCUGCGUAAGCGGCACCUCUUGGGAGAAUCCCCAUCCCUGGGCCCUCCGUGUCCACAACUGGUCGAUGAACUACCGCUUCGCAUCCAUCUACGACUGCGGAUCACGUUUGCAUAACGAGAGCACCGAGAACAUGUCCUGCGAAGUCCGCGUCGCCUGCGGCUGCACCAUCGUCGCACCUUUCUCCCUCAUCUUCGAGGCUAUCACCUCCGUCCAUGGCAGCUCACUCGGCGGCUCGUCUGCUGAAAUCAUUGAGGGUCGCAUCAUCUCUAAAGAUGGCCUCGGGCUGGUUCAAGUCGGUGAUAUCGGUCGCUCGUUCAGUCUCGUGGCGUUUGGCGGUGACCCUUACUCCCACACUUCCUACGCGAGCGCCUGUCGCGGCACGAAACAGGAUCGUAUUGUGGAGCCGAAGAUGCCUUGGCCAAGGGGGAGAGCGUUGGUCAGGGAUGAGUUUACGCAUGGUAUGACGGAUUCGUUGAGGGAUUAUGGGUAUGUGCAAACGGGGGGGUCGGGGAAUCUCUUGGUGUGUAGGAAUAAUCCGGUGGGUCAGUAUAAGAUUAUUGGGGUUUGUAUUGAUGAGUUUAUUGACAAUAAGAAGGGGCAGAAUUGGGUUAAUAUUAGAUAG